AUGUCUCUCUUCCGCACCAACUUCCCUGGCUCGGGUGACUUCUCUCCUCUCUUCCGUCUGCUUGACGACUACGACGUCCACCGCUCUGCUCGCAGCCAGCCUUCAACUCAAACCUUCUCACCUCGGUUUGAUGUCCACGAGACUGACGAUGCUUACCACCUUGACGGCGAACUACCCGGCAUUGCUCAAAAAGAUAUUGAGAUCGAAUUCUCCGACCACCAAACUCUGGUUGUGAAGGGUCGCACCGAGUAUGAGCGCCGUACCUCGGACAAGGACUCCAAUGAAGACUCCGAGCAGACCGAAUCAGCGUCUGAGUCCAAGCCCACGCGCCGCUUCUGGGCCUCUGAGCGCUCGGUCGGCGAAUUCCAGCGCACCUUCUCCUUCCCUACUCGUGUUGAUCAGGACAAGGUCAAGGCCGGCCUGAAAGACGGCAUCUUGUCCAUUGUGGUGCCCAAGACUACCGCCGCUGCCACCAAGAAGAUCACUAUUGAGUAG